AUUUUCCUUCCCCUCCACCCCUGUUUUAUCAGCAAUCCGUUUGGUGUUUUAUUGAUAAAAUCAAAAUUUGGAAUAUUUUUUAGUAAAUUAGUUUCAAUUUCCCAUCUUUUGCAUCUGCACAAUGCUUAGUCGAGUAUCGAAUAUGCUGAAAACUCAACUAAGACCUCAUCCAGUUCUCAAACGAACGGUCACAACCACACCAACCGGAGCUUUAUUGCCAGCACCUGAACAGACAUCAUUUGGAUUGAUCAAGGUAUGCUUAGCUGUAAUUCCAGGACUUCUGAUCGGGGCGACUAUAAGUAAAUACAUGGCAAACUUCUUAGAAGAGAAUGAACUCUUCGUACCAUCGGAUGAUGACGACGAUGACGACUAAGUACCGCCUCGCUUCAAGUUCGCUUUGUGAUAUCAUUACCUUUUAAGUUAUAUCUGUUCAUGAACAAAAACUACCAUUACUUAUAUUUUACCAAUGUUAAUGUUUUGUUGCUUUAAUUCGAGCAUUUGUAAUAGUUAAUACUUGCUUCAAUGUACAACGCCUAUACUGCAAUAUAAGUUUUCUAAAAUUUAAA